AAAAAAAAAAACCAUGACGAGGGGGAAAAUACAAUAGCAGCCUGUGCGAGCUUGUUCUUUCAGUACGUGGCUCUCAGGAGCUUCCUGAUCGCUGCAGUGGCGGAGUGUGUGUGUGUGUGUAACCGUUUGUGUAACUGGGCUCUGGAGGAAGCAGGCAGCCUGACCCAGUUCCAGACUCAGGCAGGCCGAGAGACAUCGCUUAUCGGACAGAUCGGACUUGUUCUCUGGCACCGCUGAUCACAGACUCGCUAACAUUCUGACGCUCGGAUACAGAGAGACGAGCAGAAGAGGGAGCGAGCGAGCGAACAAACGGUCCGCCUCACUUUUUUUGUCCUCCUCGCCCUGUUUCUUUGAGCUCUGCGGCAGCGAGGCUUUUCUCUCAUUCUGUGUUUCCUGUCAGCCACAUAAAAUGUCUGACAUGUGGCCAGCGUCUAAGAAGGGAAGGUCUCUUUUCAAAGCACGCCUCUUCUUUUAAAGACCACGAUACGCCUUUGAGAGAAACUUGUGCUUGUUUGUUUUGUUUUCUUCCUCUUUUUCUCUCGCUCAUCUGCAUCCCACUCGAGUUUCUUUAACUUGAGCAGUGCGUGUCCACCGACUGGGCUCCACCUUUGGCUUGGGUCUAUCCUCAAGAUCAGCGAAGAGACGUUCAAGCCUCUGGUAGGGAAGACAGUGUUAGGGUCCAUCACAGCCAUCGAGUUCUUCUCUGACAGACACCUGGACUUCCUAACAGAUGAAGGAGCCUGUCAGCCGUAUCAGGAUGAGUUGGACAGUUUAAGUCCUGUUUUUAGGGACUAUCCACAUCUCCAUGAAGAAGUGAAAGCGUGGGUGAAAGACCAAAAAGUUCAGGAAAUUUUUAUGCAAGGUCCCUAUUCGUUGAAUGGCUACCGUGUACGAGUUUACAGACAGGACUCAGCCACCCAGUGGUUCACGGGCAUCAUCACCCACCACGAUCUCUUCAGCCGCACUAUGGUUGUCAUGAAUGACCAGGUACUAGAGCCUCAGAACGUUGACCCCUCCAUGGUACAGAUGACCUUUCUGGAUGAUGUGGUCCAUUCUUUACUAAAAGGAGAGAACAUCGGUAUCACGUCACGACGCAGGUCUCGCUCUAGCCAGAACAGCAACACUGCCCACCAGACCACAGGAGGGAGACCAAGCGGCUCUACAGGAAUCACUCAGGGUCAUUACACACGUGCCCAGGCCAAUAGCCCCAGACCCGUGAUGAAUUCUUCUGGCUCCACCCCCAAACAGGCCUCUCAGGCUCAGCAGCAGCAGCAACAAUCUCAGCAUGCUCAGCAGCAGCUAUCUCAGCAACACCAGCAGCAGCAGUCCUCACCAGGUCAACAGCGUGGCUCGCGAUCUUCACGUCGGAAAGGCUCCGACAGUAGUGUUCCAGAUGAUGAGAAGAUCAAAGAUGAAAAAACGGACAGUGGAGGAAAAGAUUCUUCUAAAAACAAAAGCAAGCAGACAAACAAGAGGAGGAAAGCAGACGAAGAGGACAAGAAGAGCGGUCUUAAGCGGCUCAAAACAGAGACAUCUGACCUCUCUGAGAGCAGCGACUCUGAGAACUCUAAUAAGCGGAGCAUAGACUCCUCAUCGGAGCCCAGUUCAGAGAAUGAGCUCAAAUGCAAGAGGACUUCAAAAGUUCCAGAGGAGGAGGAGGAGGAGGAAGAGGAGAAGUCCCAGGGAUCAUCCAAGCCUGUGGAUGAGUUGAGUGUAAUCAACAGGCUAUCUCCCUGGGAUGAGAUGCAGGAUAAAAGCAGCAAGCCGGUGGCCAUGGAGGUGGCUCAGCUGGCAGAGAGCGAGAGGUCAGGAGAAAGGAGAUCUCCGCUGACUCCUCCGGCCUCCUGUACACAAAACCAACCCUCUGGACCGACAGAGGUCCAAAGCUGCAUUGUCGAGACGAAAAGCACUGUGAAAACCCUCCCCAAGGACCAUUAUGGCACCGGAACACCUCGGACGCACACGCCCAAGUGCGUGAUUGAUAUCACAGAGGAUGCCAACACUCAGUCUAGUUCCAGAGAGAACUCUGAGGCUGUAUCGGCCCUGCUGGCAUCACAGAAGUGUGAUGCUUACGUCCCUGAAUCCAGACAUUUGGUGCUAAACACCUCCCACUCAGAGUGCAGGAGGCCGGAUGGCGAGCAGCAGCAGAAUGCUCGUAUCAUAGGCGGUAAAAUCGAAUUCACCCACUCUGAGGUCAUAAGGCCAGUGACAUCAGUGAGUGAGUCAGCAGCCCUGGGCGAGAGAGGGAAGCUCCAGCAGCAGUUCACAUCUAUGGUUAUUAAAAAUGCCUUGUUAACCGAGGACAUCAAGAAAACCCAUAAACUCAGUCCUUCCCCUGACCUGCCCAAACCUAAGUCCAACUCAUCCCCUGACAUUCUCAAGCCCAAGUGCAAUCCUUCACCUGAUAUCAUCAAGUCAAAAACCCAGAGUGUUCAUGAAACCUCCAAGCCCAAACCAAAUACAUCUCCUGAGGUGUCCAAACAUAAACCUCGCCACCCUGAAAACCCACCUACAACAGGCCGCUUGCCACUCAAACCCGAGCCAGACAUACCCCGCUCUAGUUUUAAGCCUGUGCCAGCCCGAGGGGGGCCAUCGGAAUCAAGGAAAAGCCCACUUGUCGACAAAAAUGAGCCUUUUACAGUGUACCGAGACCCUGCGUUGAUGCGUCCUGAAUCAGAUAGCAACCACAUGACUUACCUGCACCCACACCUGCAUCCACUACAUGGUUCUUCUCAUGCCACGUGUCUCACGCCCAGCUCGCAUCACCCGUCCCACCUCCUCCCUUCUUCCUCCAUGAGCCACUCUGUGCACCACCCACACCUUCUGCCCACGGUACUGCCCACAAUUCCACCAGGAUCUCUUCUGAGCAGCCAUUCACGGCUGGACUCCCCUGGACUCGGGCACUUGGCUUUAGCCCACCACCAUUCCCACCAACAGCAGCAGUUCCUCCAGCAGCAGCCAUCCCCAUCCCUGCUGGCCCAAACGCAUGGAGGUGCCUCAUAUAAUCAGCUUGGUCUCUACCCCAUCAUCUGGCAAUACCCAAACGGUACGCACUCCUACCCACCUGGAUACAAGUGGGUACAUCCGGAAAAUGCUGUCAAUUCAGACUCCAGCCUACGGAGGCAGAACACUUCCAGCCCCUGGCUGCACCAGUCCACCCCUGUAACCUCAGCAGACAGCAUGGGGAUUUUGAGCCAUGUUCCGGGCAGACCAGCCAGUGCAGAUCCUCAUCGACCCAUCAAGAUCAGCUCACACUCCAGCCCACCGCUCUCUAAAACCCCUGGAGAGCUCCACAAAGAAGAUCAGGAGAAGAAUGUGUUUGUGGACCCUAUACGUAGCUUGGCAAAUGCCCACCAGAAGCAAGAGUCGGACCGCAGCCGGACGCCUACCAACAAGGAGCUGCACCGUUUCUACAUGGAGCCCCCCCCCAGCAAGCAGCAACUACCACCACGCAUGCCUCAGGGUGGACCAGACCGUACCAUCAAAUAUAAGGAAGAAAACCGCCGCAUUCUUAGAGAGAGCAUUGAAAUGGCCCCCUUCACUGCCAAGAUCUGUGCCGGAGAGACCGAGCGUGAAUCCUACCCCCGAAUUUCAUCCCAGCCCAAAAGCCAUGAGAAAGAGGUAGAGCACUCUGUGGCUGAUCUGUACAAGUACAAACACUCUGUAUCUCAGUCCCUCCCUCAAACCAACUACUUCACCACUCUGUCAAAUAGUGUUGUAAACGAGCCACCACGACUUUUCCAAUCCAAAGAUCUCAAUCCGUACUUUGACAAAGCAAUCGCAGUCUCUAGCCCUUUGUCCUUGGGCUCGUACAACUCUAGUCACACCAAGUCUUUGUCCAAGCCUCCCCCUCUCAUUAAGCACCAGCCAGAGGGAGAGGGACUGGUGGGCAAGAUUACCGAACAGCUCAGUCAACAAGCACCCAUACACUCACUCAGUACCUCAGUGGUGACGGUCAGUGAACGCUGCAGCCCGGCUAUCUCUCCCUCCAGUCAGCCCAAGGGCAUGCCAGCCUUGCGUAGAGCGCCGGUCUUUCACCCGCCCACCCAGCAGGCGCUUGACCGCAAGGAGGGGGCCUACGGUCGCCUUUCCCCACCUACGCUCACCCCCAUCCAGCCCGUCAGCUCAGCGGGGAAGGUGUCGGAACAGCAGAAGCCGCCCACCCUGCUCCCAGAGCUCAGGGAUGAGAAAAGCGGAGCCGAGCUGGGCUCGGCUGAAUCCUGCCGGCCUGGCGGGGAAGCAAAGAGCCACGAGAAAGUGGCCUGGCAUUCAGAGAAUAGCCAAGGGAAGCCACAGGCAGCCAUGGCAUCUGUUAUUGUCCGCCCUUCUACUUGCAUAAAAUAUGAUGGCUCGCCAGGUCCCAAGAUGGCCUCCAAAGAGCAGCUCAGUAGCAGAUUGUUUGCUGGCCGCACUCAGGCAGACUGCCUGAAAGUGGCCGAGAGUAGGGAAUCUGGGAGAGUCAUCCUACCAAACACGAAUUUGGAAGAUCCCAGCGAUCAGUACAACAAAAACCUGAUUAGAGCGUCACCGGGUGUCAUUCCCAGCUCAGUGGCAGUUGUUGCCAAUUCUGUGUGCAACACUAGGACUAAUGAAGCCAUUGCUACUGCCAGCAGCACGUUUAGCACGCAGAGCCACAAUGGAGCAGAUCUGUCAUUCUCCAUCUCUGGCACUAGUGGUAGUAGCAGACUGGAAAGCUCUGCUUCCAAAAGCCGCCCUCCCACUGUUGUUGAGUCGCAGGAGGGAGGCUCAAGAACCACCUCCCCUAGUGCGCUCCCUCUGGUCGGCUCUGCUGGCCCCACACAGGCCUACUCAAGGAACUUUGUUCACCUGAAGAAGGCCAAAGCAGCUCUGGCUGCAGCUCAGUCUCGUGGUUCCAGUAGCGCCUCAGAGAGUGAAAGUGGUAGCGUCAGAUCCUCUCAGGACUCGCCCACCAUCGCCCAGGAUAAUUCCACGCCUAGCAAUCCUGCCAGCAAAGCCAGCCCGGUGCCCAAUGGACAGCCAGCGCAGGUGUGCCAGUCUAACUAUCACAAGCUCAAGAAAGCCUGGCUCACGCGACACUCGGAGGAGGACAAAAACACAAACAAACCUGAAAAAUGCGGGAAUGCCAUUUCUGAGCUAAUUAAACCAUGCUCCGUCAACCUGAUUGCCCCUGCAUCUAGUGAUGUGGAUGUGGGCAAGGAUAGCAAAGGACAAGAGGACAAGCUGUCCCAGGAGGACAGAAAGACACGCCGUACCCCCAAGCGCCCAUACGAAUCGGGCUCGGAGAGCGGCGAUGACUCAGACUCUAGCGAGAGCAAGCUUGAACAAAGGACUAAAAGGCAACCCAAGCCCACUUACAAAAAGAAGCAGAACGACAUGCAGAAAAGGAAAGGAGACAAUGAGAAGGAGGAGGACGAGGUAAAGCCAAAUGGUAUUUUCCGGAGUGCUAAGGAAAAAACCAAACUCAAGCUGGCCAGUACCAAUGGCAUUCCCCGAUCAGUACUGAAAGACUGGAGGAAGGUAAAGAAACUAAAGCAGACGGGUGAGUCCUUCCUGCAGGACGACUCGUGCUCUGAAAUUGGGCCCAACUUACAGAAGUGCAGGGAGUGCCGCUCCAUCCGCACCAAGAAAGGAGAGGAGUCUGCCCAUUCACCCGUCUUCUGCCGCUUCUACCACUUCCGCCGCCUCUCGUACAGUAAGAAUGGAGUGAUCCGGAUUGAUGGCUUCUCCGCUCCUGAUCAAUAUGAUGAAGAGGCACUCAGUCUCUGGGCCCCAGAGGGUUAUGAAGAAAACAACCUGGACCUGGAGACUUCAAAAUACAUCCUCAGCUACAUUGGAGACAAAUUCUGUCAACUGGUUAUGACUGAGAAUACAGCAACUACAUGGAUAAAGAAAGAUGCCAAGAUCGCCUGGAAGAGAGCGGUGCGUGGAGUGAGAGAGAGCUGCGACGCAUGUGAAGCCACAUUGUUUAACAUUCACUGGGUCUGCCAAAAAUGUGGAUUUGUGGUGUGUUUGGACUGUUACAAGGCCAAGGAGAGGAAAAGCUCCAAAGAUAAAGAGCUGUACGCCUGGUUGAAGUGUGUCAAGGGACAGCCUCAUGAUCACAAGCACCUGAUGCCAACACAGAUCAUUCCAGGAACUGUUCUAACGGACUUGGUGAACGCUAUGCACAUGCUCAGGGAGAAGUACAGCAUUAAAUCACACUGCUCCUGUGCUUGGAAGCAGAACACCCUGUACAACAAGCUGCCGUCCACCAAUGGCGUCUCCCAGGUGUUACAAAACGUGCUAAAUCACAGCAACAAGAUCUCUCUGUGUAAGCCUGAGGGAGGCCAGCAAAACUCCUCUCUGAAGGUAGAGGCCAACGGAGGGAGCAGUCCCGCCAGCGACACCAGCACCGACAGCAAGUUCACCCCACCCGAGUCCCAAUCACCUCUGCACUUCCUGGCCGAUCUGGCCGAGCAGAAAUCCCGUGAGGAAAAGAAGGAAAAUAAGGAGUCAGGUGUUGGAAAGAUAAAGGAGGAGAAGGAUCAAUCAGAUGCUUUGGAGUCUCUGCACAGUAAAACAUCUUCCCUGGAGCAGGGAUCAACCCUACGAGACCUCCUCACCACCACCGCAGGCAAGCUGCGCCUGGGCUCCACUGAUGCCGGCAUUGCGUUCGCUCCUGUGUACUCCACUGCCUCGCAGAUUGUCAAGAGUGGCCGCAGCAUGCCCAAUAUCCUGGAUGACAUCAUCGCCUCUGUGGUGGAAAACAAGAUCCCGGCAGGCCGUGGCACCAAGCUGAACCUGAAGCAUGAGCCUCUGGAGGAGCCCAAAGCUGAGAGAAAAAAAGCAGUGGAAGAACCUCCCAAACUAUAUGCUGACAUCCCGCACUGCUGGCUCUACGAGCGCAGGCUGCUCUGGCUCAAAGACCACCGCAACAACAACAACUGGAAACUCUUCAGAGAGUGCUGGAGACAAGGACAGCCGGUGCUGGUCUCUGGGGUGCACAAGAAGCUCAACGCCAGCUUGUGGAAGGCAGAAUCCUUCAACCAAGAGUUUGCUGACCACCAGGGAGACCUCUUGAACUGCAAGGAUGGAGUAAUGUCCAACUCAGGCGUCAAAGAAUUCUGGGAUGGCUUUGAAGAUCUCACGAAGCGGCCCAAGUCUAAAGAUGGAGAAACUGUGGUGUAUCGACUGAAAGACUGGCCUUCAGGGGAAGAGUUUAUGGCUUUGAUGCCCUCCAGGUAUGAUGAUCUCAUGAAAAACCUCCCAAUGCCCGAGUAUUCAGACCCCGAGGGGAACCUCAACCUGGCAUCCCAUCUGCCCUCCUUCUUUGUGCGGCCAGACCUGGGCCCUCGCCUCUGCUGCGCUUACGGUGUGGCGGCAUCUCAGGAGCAGGACUUUGGCACUGCUAACCUGCAUAUGGAGGUGUCGGACAUCAUCAGCGUGUUGGUUUACGUAGGAGUGGCCAAAGGGAAUGGUGUCCUCUCCAAAACGGGAGUGCUAAAGAGGCUGGAGGAGGAAGAUCUGGAUGACAACGUGAAGAAAAGAUUAAAGGACUCAAGCGAGACUCCCGGAGCCUUGUGGCACAUCUACACGAGCAAAGACGGCGAGAAGAUUAAAGAGUUCCUGCACAAGGUGGCUAAAGAGCAGGGUGUGGAGAUCCCAGCGGAUCAUGACCCGAUCCGUGAGCCAGGCUGGUACUUGAGCCGUAAGCUGCGUCAGCGGCUGCUGGAUGAAUACGCCAUUCAGGGCUGGACUGUGGUGCAGUUUCUGGGUGAUUCAGUCCUGAUCCCUGCUGGAGCUCUGCAUCAGGUGCAAAACCUGCACAGCUGCGUCCAGGUGAUCAAUGACUUCGUCUCUCCGGAGCACGUGGUGCAUUCGUUCCACUUAACCCAGGAACUCCGAUCCUCCAAAGAGGAAAUCAACUAUGAAGAUAAGCUACAGGUCAAGAACAUCUUUUACCACUGCGUGAAGGAUGCCGUGGGAACAUUAAAGAGGUGCUGCGCCGAGGAAGAGGAGGAGACGAACUCAUGACACUCGUCGACACGUUCCCCCAAAUAUGCACACUAACGCUCACACCGCGAACCUCUAGUGCCAAGCAGAGAAAAACCACCAGUAAACUGUAUUUAUUUGUUACUGACACCACAGCAGUAUAGCGCAUCAGGAUGACUGUGAUCGACACGCCACACAUCUGAAGAAUCGAGUGUGUUUGUUUGUCUGUUUGGUUUCGUUCCCCUUUUGUUCUUUCAUACUGUACAGUUUCAGUGGAGAAUCGUAUUUAUUUUUUAGGAGUUCUGCACUCUGUUCUCGAUCAAAUGUAAAUGUGACUUGUACAGUUUGCUAAUGGAUUUCUGACGGCGCUCACUACUUUGGAGACUUGGAGUAACUGUGAGAGAGAUCCGCCGUUUCGUGUCCUCAUGCCAUAUCUUUUGAGAAAAAGAACUGCCAAACAAUUGUAAACAUUGUAAAGUUCUAUUAUGUAAAGAAAGACUUAACUCACUUCAGCAUUUAUUAAGAAGUAUUCACUGUAAAAUGGAGACAUUUACAAAAAAAAGUUGUAAUUUAUUUAAGAAAAAACUCUCGUUUCCUUUUUUUUUUUAUGUUCAGAUUUACUAUGGCGAACUUUUGAAGUUCAAUGGAAAAAGCAAAUCGUACUAUGCUGUGUAAAUAUAUACAUAUAUACAUUCACUGAUGUAUUUUUUUAAACAUGGCUUGCUUCAAUUUCAAAUUUUAAAGUGCAAGUGUUACAUGCUUUGUACAUUGAAGUUCAAAGGGGUUUUACAUUUUCCAUUAAAAUGGAUUUAUCAAA